GUGAGGUGUAAAAUGAGGUGUUGAGAGGAAGCAUAGCGCGUGGGGUGCAAUCGGCAACGACGACUGGCUUGUCGAAACUGGGCCUCCAUACAGAGAGUAUACAAUUAACUGGCCUCUGUUUUUUUGCGUGUUUUUGUUUCUCUCUCUCUCUCCUCUCCUCUCCUCUCCUCUCUUUGCCCUUCACGGAAGCAAUUGCAUUUCCACCUCCAUUCUUGCAAGAGAUUCUCAUCGUCCAACAGUCAAAACCUUUAUAAACAACGAAAUAAAAGGAUCGAGAAAUCAGAACACUCCUCCCCAAAAUCCCGGAUUGUCUCGGCAGAGAUUAAUCUUGGGAUCGUGGACUCUUGGGGCUGAAUUUCCAUUUCCAAUUUUAGGGUGAUCUGUAACAAAUAACCCCGCGAUUUGAUUGAGCGCGGGGCGAGAAGAAGAUGUCUAAUUUUGUGGGAGUUGUAGUUGCUGAUCAAUGGCUUCACAGCCAGUUCACACAAGUCGAGCUUCGGGGCCUCAAAUCCAAAUUCAUAUCAUUGAAGAAUCAGAAUGGUAAAGUUACGGUUGGAGAUAUACCCUCCUUAAUCAUGAAACUGAAGAGUUCAAAUGACGUAUUUAACGAGGAGGAGAUUAGACAACGAUUGGGAGAAUCACAUUCUGAUAUCAAUGACGAGGUAGAUUUUGAAGGCUUCCUCAGGGCAUAUCUGGAUUUACGAAAUAAAGUCAAUGCCAAAUCAGGAGGUUCAAAAACCUCUUCAUCCUUCCUGAAGGCAACAACCACGACUCUUCUUCACACCAUCGAUGAAACUGAAAGGGCUUCAUAUGUUGCACAUAUCAAUAGCUACCUCAGGGAUGAUCCAUUUAUGAAGCAGUUCCUUCCAAUGGAUCCAUCCACAAAUGCUUUAUUUGACCUUGCUAAGGGUGGAGUCCUAUUAUGCAAGCUUAUCAAUGUUGCGGUGCCUGGUACAAUAGAUGAGCGGGCUAUCAACACAAAAAAGGUACUGAACCCUUGGGAAAGAAAUGAGAAUCACACACUCUGUCUCAACUCUGCAAAAGCUAUUGGAUGCACAGUGGUCAAUAUUGGCACUCAGGAUCUUGUUGAAGGAAGACCUCAUCUGGUACUUGGAUUAAUUUCUCAAAUUAUAAAGAUCCAACUACUGGCAGAUCUCAAUCUCAGAAAGACACCCCAGCUCUUAGAAAUUGUGGAGGACAACAAUGAUGUUGAGGAGCUUAUGGCGCUUGCCCCUGAAAAACUUCUGCUGAAAUGGAUGAAUUUCCAUCUCAAGAAAGGUGGCUACAAAAAGACGGUGACGAACUUUAGUUCUGAUGUGAAGGAUGGAGAGGCUUAUGCUUACCUGCUUAAUGUACUUGCCCCGGAGUAUUGCAACCCUGCCACAUUAGAUACAAAGGAUCCCUAUGAAAGGGCUGACUUGGUUCUCGAACAUGCAGAAAAAAUGAACUGCAAAAGAUACCUUACUCCCAAGGAUAUUGUGGAGGGAUCUUCUAAUUUGAAUCUUGCUUUCGUUGCACAGAUAUUCCAUGAAAGGAAUGGCUUGUCGACAGACAGCAAAAAGGCAUCUUUUGCAGAAAUGAUGACAGACGAUGAGCUAAUAUCUAGAGAGGAGAGGUGCUUCCGCCUGUGGAUCAAUAGCUUAGGAAUUUCCAUGUAUGUCAACAACUUGUUUGAGGAUGUCAGGAAUGGGUGGGUUCUUCUGGAAGUGAUGGAUAAAGUUUCCCCAGGAUCUGUCCACUGGAGGCAGGCUACAAAACCACCCAUAAAAAUGCCAUUUAGAAAAGUAGAGAACUGCAACCAAGUUGUUAAGAUAGGGAUGCAGUUGAAACUAUCCCUAGUCAAUGUGGCUGGUAAUGAUUUUGUGCAAGGGAAUAAGAAACUUAUACUUGCUUUCCUUUGGCAGUUAAUGAGGUUUAAUAUGCUUCAACUUGUGAAAAAACUAAGAACUCGUUUCCAAGGGAGGGAGAUGAGUGAUGCUGAUAUACUGAACUGGGCCAACCGAAAAGUCAGGAGUCUUGGCAGAAAAUCUAAAAUUGAGAGUUUCAAGGAUAAGAGCCUUUCAAAUGGAUUGUUCUUUCUGGAGCUUCUCAGUGCAGUUGAGCCUCGAGUUGUCAAUUGGAACCUUGUAACCAAGGGUGAAACUGAUGAGGAGAAGAAGCUAAAUGCGACCUAUAUUAUUAGUGUUGCAAGAAAGCUUGGAUGUUCAAUAUUCUUGUUGCCUGAGGAUAUCAUGGAGGUGAACCAAAAAAUGAUCCUUACUCUCACGGCAAGUAUUAUGUACUGGAGCCUUCAGCAGCCUGUCUAUGACUCAGACUCAUCUUCCACAGCUUCGUUUAGUCGUGGGGCGUCACCAGAACCUUUAGUUGACGAGGCUCCUUCCCCUGCAUCAGUUUCUAUUACAGAUGCAGUCGCUACACCAACUAAUGGCUGUGCAUCUCCAGCUUCUGCCACCACUCCUUGUGUGUCCCCUGUGGUAGUUCCCACGAACGGAACUUCAUACCCUAAUGCGGCAGCUUCUCAUGACACCUCCCCAGGCCCAUCAGUUUGCGGGGAUGAUGAUGGCUCAGUUGUUUCUGAAAUAUCUCAAUUGACAAUGGACAACGGAGCAUCUGAUACCGUCAUAUCUGCACUGAUUGAUGAUCCAGUAUCAGAUACUGCAACGUCUGCUCCGCCACCGGACAGUGAGGAGGCACAAUUGCCAAGUGAAUAGCCAUUGGUUGGAAAAAUUUUGUUGGUUGGAAGAAGAAAAAGGAAAAAGGAAAAAAAAAAAAACAGAAAAAUAUACACCUUUAGGUCAGUCACUGGGAAUAAUGAGUCCUAUAUUUGCACAUCGAGGUAUAUAUAUGCCCAUAAUUUAAAAUGGAAAAAUGUUUAAUAUAUAUUUUUUGUCCUUUUGAUUUCA